GCGCACAAAAAACAAUUGCCUGCCCCGAUUCACGGUCUUCCACUUUGCAGACUUAUUCUUCCACGGCACUCCACACCAUGCCGGAAUCGCAGGGCACUCCCGUGCUGACCGGGGAGCAGCUCGAAGAAUACUGCCUCCAGAACGGCAUCUGCCCGCUGUGCGCCCAGACCAAGACGCACGAGAAGGUGGGCCCCUUCCGGCUCAAGCUGGCGGGGAGCGGCUCGAAGAAGAACAAGAACGCCGGGGGAGGCAGCGGCGCCCAGGCCUGGAAGCCCAUCUCCCUGACCAUGGAGGACGCCAUCCAGCAGCAACAGCAGCAGGACAAGGGCAGGGGAAGGGCCAGGGAAAACACCGAGGCCGAGGGCAAGAAGGGCGGCCGCAAGGGCCUGGGAGGACUCUUUGGAAAGGCCAAGCAAAACGGAAGCGGAAACGGAGACAAGGCCUCGGAUUCCGAAGACUCCGAGCCACACCAGAGCGAAAACCACUGGCUGGUUUACAGAGGCUUUUGCCUCCGGCCGGGCUGCUUUACGCUGGAGCAGGCGAAACGCCUCAUCGGCGAGGUCGGUCCCUUCGAGACGCCCAUUCCGAGCGGCGACUACGGAUACUACCUGUUUGUCAACCAGCACGCCAGCUGGGACGCCACCAAAACGAAAACGAACGGGGGCACCACCAAGAAGCUGGGCAUCGGCAGGKCCGUCAAGAACAAGAACARGAACAAAAAGAACAACGAAGACGCAGACGAACAAGAGAACGGAGGCACCACCAAGAAGCUGGGCAUCGGCAGGUCCGUCAAGAACAAGAACAAGACCUGGAACAAAAAGAACAAGAACAAGGACAAGGACGGCACGGAUCCCGAGCAGCACCUCGAUGCGGAGCAAGGCGAAGAACACAACCAGCACGAAGACGAACAAGCCGAAGAACACAACGAACACCAAGACGAGCUCGGCACCGAGAACGGGGGCGGAGACACCGGGGAACCCCGGGCCUCCAAGAAAAAAGGCGGCAUGUCCCGCCUCUUCGGGGGGAACAAGAACAACCCCAAGCCCAAGGACCUCUCCGGCUUUGAUCCCUCCAUGACGGGCUUUUCCGCGUCGAAGAAACCGGGGGCGUCCUCCUCCCUCAAGGGUGGCCGCCGCGGGGACGCAAACAGGGCCGGAGACGGGCCGCCCCUGCGGUCCAUCUCGACACCGACGACGGCCUCGGUCAACGACGACUACAGCGUCGGGGGCUCCGUCCUGUCCGGGGGCAGCGGCCGCCACCGCAAGAACCUGACGGGGAAGAUCCGCCGGCGGGGGUUGGGCGGCGGCGACGACGACGACUUUGACGACGACGUCUCGAUCGGAUCGGCCAUGACCAGCGAGUCCCGGGUCCGGACGUCCCUCAAGGAACUCCUCUUCGAGCAGCAGCAACAGCAGCAACAGCAACAGCCAACGAACCCGAUGCUUGCCGCCUCGGGGGCGUCGACCACCGGAAGCCUCCUGCUGGACCUGAGCCACACGCGGCUCCACCACGUCCACGUCCUGGAACUGGUCCAGGCCCUCGACGUCGCCACGUCCCUCCAGACCCUCAUCCUCGAGAACUGCAAGCUCAACGACAACGAACUCGAGGUCAUCGGGAAGGGACUCCUCGGGAUAAGCGGGACCCGGCCGCCCCUCUCGCUGGUCCGGCUCUCUUUGCGGUCCAACAAGAUCUCCAACCGCGGGGUCGUGGGGUUGUGCCCCUACUUUAUGGCCACCUCCACGCUCCGGGAGCUGGACCUGUCGAAGAACCAGAUCGGCAGCCGCGGGGCCUCGUCGGUCCUGCACGCCUUUCGGGACAACCCCAGUGCCCCCCACAACAGCGGGGAAACCCUCAACACCCACCGCGGCAGCAGCGGCAGCGGCAGCGACGAGGCCCAGAAGCUACCGAUCGAGAUGAUCAACUUUGCCCACAACGAAAUCUGGGACGUGGACGACGGCAGCUUUUUCUCGCAGAACACCACCCUCAAGCUCUUCAACCUGGAGGGGAAUUUCGUCCACGACGAGGGCGUCCAGACCAUCGCCGACGGGCUGCAGGCCAACCCGGGGGGGACCAAGCUCGAGGAGCUCUACCUGGGCUGGAACGGGAUCGGCGACGAGGGGUGCCUGCACCUCGCGCGGAUGAUCGAAACGAACUCCACCGUCACCAAGAUGGGGCUGGGAGAGAACGACAUCACCAGCAUCGGGGCACGCGCCCUCCUCAACGCCCUGGCCCAGAACCAGACCCUGCAGAGGAUCACCGGCCUGUACCACAACAUGAUCGACCGCAAGUUUGUCAUCGAGUGCAUCAACCGGAUCCUCUAUUCCCACCUGGAGACGCUUCCGGCCGAGCUCGAACAGGUCCGCCGGGCCGAGUUCGAGCGCCUGAAGCUGGCCUCCAUGAGUGCCACCGAUACGCUCCUGGAGCCCCUCGGUUCGCACCUGCCCAUCCCGGACGAGAUUUCGGAAGGGGAGCUGGACUGGGCCGAUCGCCUCUACAACGACGAAACCGAUCUGGUGGAAAGCGGGGUGACCAUCGGAGAGGUCCCGAGGGAAGAGACGCCGUCGGCACUGGGGCAAGUAGACACCGAAGAGGGAGACAUCGACGAAGCCGCCGAGCCGAAGACCAUCGCGAUGAUGAGCCAGUUCGGCAAGAUGCCCGAGCCCAAGUCCCUCCUGGAUCGUCUCGUGGUCUUCCAGGCCGCACCGCUGGUCUACCUACACCGGGAAACCGCUUUCCGCCAGGCGAUCCCCCUCCACGAUUUCGAUCAGGAGACCGCCAUCAUCCAGAACUCUCUGAACGGCUGUUCCAGGCUGGACGCGACCAUCGACAUGGACGUGCAGCCGGCCACCGCGGAGUCCUUUGCUUCCUUUCUGGCAUCCGGCCGCGGCCGCGUGCUGCACUUUACGGGGUAUGGCCACCCCAACCACCUCCUUGCCCUGGAAGACGAGGCAGGCUACCUCGACGACACCUUUUCUCUGGACACGCUGCCCGACCUGAUCAAGUCCGCCAAUCCCCCCCUCGACCUGGUCGUCGUGAACUCCUUCCACUCCGGAAGGAUCGGAAAGGCCUUUCUGGAUGCCGGCGUUCCUCACGUCGUGUGCUGCCACCACCCCGAAACCUUCCGCGACAAGGCGGCGAACAGCUUCCUCAAGAACUUUUACCGUGCGCUGGCCACCAACAAGUCCCUCAAGCAGGCCUUUUACCACUCCCAGGAGGCGGUCCGUGUCGAAGAAAUUUCCAAGGACGUGGAUCGGUACGUCCUGCUGCCCCGCAAGCCCGAGGACGAUCCGUACCACGACGUGCCGAUUUUCUACACGCAACCGGUUCCCGCCAACACGCUGGACCAGGACACGGACAAUCUCCUGCUCGAAGACGGACGAAAGCUCCUGCCGAAGCUGCCGAGGCACUUUACCGGACGGGAGGUCGACAUGUGCAAGGUGCUGGAUGCCCUCCGCAACCAAAAGCUCGUCAGGAUUGGUGGAAUCCGGGGGAUCGGAAAGAGUUCCCUGGCGGCAGCGGUGUGUCGAUACGUCCAGAAACGCUCCGGGUUUUUUGAAUUCGACAACGUGUUCUGGCUGCCCGCGGCCCGCGGUGUGGUUCCGGAUGAGGACACGCUCUUCGCGGACCUGGUGGAAUACACGAGCCUCAUGGUGAAGGCCGAUCACAACAUCUCCGAGGACGAGGAUGCGCUGGAAUGCCGAGAAAGAAUCGAGAUCGAGCUGGAAGGCCAGAGCACCCUGCUCGCGAUCGAUUCUCGAAAGUUCGACAGCGAGGUGUCCGCGGAGUGCCUCGAGACCUUCCUGAGCGAGCUGCUGAACACGGACCUCGAGGUCAAGGUCAUCUUGAUCAAUUCCAACGAGGAGGACGAGGAAGCAACCCUCCGGCUUGCUCCCAUCGACUUCAAGUCGACCUCCCUCUUGUUUGGAAUGGUGUCGCGCUUUAUUACGGCCAACGGCUGUCCGGCCGCGCAAUCUCCGGACGAAUACGCGGAUCUGAUCGUUCCCCCGUCGAUCGCCAUCGGCGAGCCACCAAAGUCGGCGAUCUCGGUUCGGCAGGAGCGUCUGCUUUCCGUCAUGGGCGACGGGAUUCCGUUGCAAGUCAUCCGGAGCGCGAAAUCGAUGCAAGCCAACAUCUUUAUUCGGUUGAUCAGCAUGGCGAACACGCCGGAAGUCCAUGUGGAUUCACUGGAUAGUCUCGAAGUAUCCAUCUCCAAAUGGACAUCUCGCAUGGAACACGCCAUCGAGAACAAGAAUUUUUUCCGUGCUCUCGAUCUCCAGCACGUUCUGAAGGAGCUCGAGGGACAGCGGUCCAAGUUCCCGAGCGUCGACGAUCUGGUGGCCAGGGAGAAGGAGCUCCACCGAAAGCACACGCUUUGUUUCAAGACGAGACGGUACGAAGAAGGCAACCGCAUCAAGAGGGAAAUCCUGGUGCUGAAAAAAGAGAUCUUGCGACAAAAGAGGAGGCUGGCCACCAAUCGCCACAUCACGGACGCGGCUCUCACGCAGUCCCAGACCAACAAAAUCGCUGACAUCCAGGCGCAGAUGAAGUCCAUCAUGAAGCUCGCAAACUCGUCAUUCAGCUCGCUCACGGACCUGCAGGAAUCCCCGGACAAGAACGAAGCCGUGUUCCGGCUCGGUUCUGCCUACCACAGCUGCCAGGUCCGGAUCUACCCCGGAAACGUGGAAGACUUCGAUCCCGGCGACGAUCUCGGCGCGUCGAUCUGCUGGACGAACGAGUGCUGCGACAUCAACCUCGACGAGCAGGGGGCAUCGCUGCUGAGCUACGGCGGCCAGAACCUCGCGGACGACGCUGAGACCCUGCCCGCCAUUGCGGAAACACCCUGGGGAACCACCAAGUGCGGGACCGGAAACGCCGUGAUCGUCGGGCCCGGGAACUACGACGACCUGCGGGUCCACUGCGUGAUCCUCGCGGUCGGUCCGAUCUCUCCCACCCGCGACGAAGUCCUCGAUGAGAGCGACGAGGACUCCCUGCACUACAUCACCGUCAUGAUGCGGUCGUGCCUGCGCUCCAGUUUCAUCCUGGCGAAGCAUUCUCAGGUGCAAUCGAUCGCGGUCCCGACGCUCACGACCAAGGUGGGGAGCCCCACGUACGAGUCGACGCUGCUAACGAACCUGAAACUCCUCGUCGACGAGGCCAAAUUCUCGGACCUCAACACGCUGCACAUUGUUGCGAGAUCGGACGAGGAGUCUACAAAGCUGAUCGACAUGGCGCUGACGAUGGGCCUGACCAUGUCGUAGUGAGAAACACGGGACGAGACACACUGCCACAACCACUAGGGGAAUUACGGUUAAACAUUUAACAUUACACA